AUGUCCAUUAAAAGAUCCCAAAAGCAUCUAAGAAGUGAAAACGCGACUAUCCCGAAGCUCACCAGCCUCUGUCUGCACCCACAGGGACCACCAGGGCCUCGUGGCAAGAAAGGAUUCAAGGGCCGCAGUGGACCUUCUGGUUACCCAGGAGUGGCAGGAGUGAGUGGUCCCACAGGAGCCGCUGGACCAGUGGGUCAUGAAGGUUCAAUGGGAGAACCAGGAAAAAUGGGAGUCGAUGGAACAAAGGGUGACCAGGGAGCCAUCGGUUUGCAUGGAGUUCCUGGUCCUAAAGGAGAGAAGGGUCGUCCAGGACGUAGGGGCUUUGCUGGAUCUCCAGGUCUGAUGGGUGAAGUGGGCAAGUUUGGCAUGCCUGGCAUUCAAGGACAUCCUGGCACUAAGGGCCGGCCUGGGAUGAACGGAUUACCUGGACUUCAUGGAACCAAGGGACAACAGGGUCUUGUUGGCUUCCAAGGAAUUGACGGUAUUCAUGGCGCCUCAGGUCCUCCAGGACAAGCCGGAUCAGCUGGAGAUCCCGGAGUUCAAGGAUCAAAGGGUGUCACUGGAAAGCCAGGACUUCCAGGCCCUCAAGGACCGGUUGGGCACUAUGGUGUCCCAGGAAGCACAGGAGCUCAUGGGCCACUGGGACGCAUCGGUGCUCAGGGAGAAAAGGGCAAAGCUGGCCCACCUGGACUUCCUGGCAAACCCGGACCCAAGGGGGAAAAGGGCCGGCAAGGAGAACAAGGAAAACCAGGCCUUCUGGGUCGCCAAAGCAUGCCAGGGCCCAGAGGCUUCAAGGGAGUGUCAGUAAGUUCCUCUCUUGUCACGUUCCUCCUGUUUAAUCAUUCCUCUGCGUCAAAGAGGGCACUGAUGACUAAACUCAUUCCAUUAUGUCUCGUAACAAGGGUCUUCAAGGCAUUCAUGGACAAGGAGGAGAUCAGGGUCUGCCAGGACCUCCAGGGAACCAUGGACCCCCAGGGCCUAAAGGACAAAUGGGAGUACAAGGAUAUCCGGGAAAAGAUGGACAUCCUGGACCCACUGGACCCAGAGGAGAAAAGGGUAUCAAGGGUGUGCAAGGAACCACUGGAGGGAUGGGACUCCCUGGCCUCGAUGGUGAGGAGUACUGAGCUGCUGCAGGCUCCUGUCCGAGGGUCCGAGGGUCUGCACUGGCAAGCAGAGAAACACAACGGCGAGAUUCGGCUUCUAGUUCUCAAACUGCUUGGGGCCAUCGCAGCCCCCUGA